AGUUAAUGAGAAAGGAAACCAUCAUCAUAACCCAAUCUUUUUCUUGAUUCGAACAAAAAAGCCAAGGGAGAGAAAAAAAUGGAAGUCAAUGGUUCAUCGAAGAAGAUGAUAGCAACCCAAGCUGAGAUGGUGGAGAACAAGGUCUCCAUCCUAUACAGAGAUCAAUAUGCUCAUCUCCUCAUCCCACUCAACAAGUUUCGCCAAUCUGAGUUUUACUUGCCUUGGAAAUGCGAGAAUAAACGCCACUCAUAUGAGAGGCGUGAAUACGAGCUCAUCAUGGAGAGGAUGUUGCAGAUGCAAAAGAUUUGUGAGGAAGAGGCCAAGUUCAAACAGUCUGGGAAACAUGGUUCUUCUAUUCCCCUCAUUCCCAAAACUGCUAAUGCAUAA